CAUUCAGUUUUCUGUUACGGUAGCAUUUGUGUGCAAGUGAUGGCCUGAAAAGAGUAUUCUAAUCCCUACUGUAUGAAUAGUUAAUGUUUGACUAUUCAGUUUCACAAUAUAGAUAUGCAGCACAAUACAGGGACUUCAUACAACAGAUUAAAAUCGGAGAAAAUUCUCUUUUGAGUGGGUUAGCCCAGCUGUUUCAUUAUCGUGCGGGUUUUGUUUAAUUAAAACUAAGAAAUAUUUUGUAUGUCAAUACAUACUCAAUAGCAGUUUUUGUUUUUGAUUCUAACCUCCGAUAUGUAAAUAUUGGUUUGAUUGUGAUUUUGGUCAAUUGAUUGAUUUAGACUGUCUACUGCGUUUGAGAUGCCAGCUUUUUUGACAUAUCUGUUUACCGUAUUUUAAAGUCUGUAUAAGUCUGUGUUCCAUAUUUCAAAAAAACUGGCUUUCGAAAUGAGUUUUGCUUCUGGACUAACAGUCAAUUCGCAAACUUACAUUUUUAAGCUUUUUCAAGAAAGCCAACCUCAAAAAUCAGGUUUUUUCUUUUGUCAUGUUUCCUGAUGUUUUGCUCGGCAGAACACUAUUAAAAAUUCAAAACUGUUUGCCACCCGAGUGUUUGAAUCAGUGAGUCAUAGUGAACUCCUACUAUAAAGUAAUAACAAAAUUGAUUGAUGAAAUCAGAUUCCAAUGCCUUGACAAUGUUGCGGAUAGCAGAGAGAUUUUUUGGCAUGGAUAUGCAGCAUCUAGGGUAGAGGUACCGGCUUUUACCAUACUUACCAUACUUGUAUAUACAGUUCGGUGAAGUGAUGGUUAAUUUAUUUUGAAAAAAUAACACCUAUUUACAUUUUUAGCGUUACUCGAUCAAACUUAUACUGACAUUAACGAGUAAUGCCUUGUUGAUACUAUAGCGGGUGUCAUGUGAUGCCAACGUUAUGCCAAGUUGCUGCAUUGUAGUCAAUCACCUUUUUUACAGAUGGGCUAUGCAACUCCUUACAUCCAUUCCUCUGAUAGUCUCUCUUCUACAUUAGAUUAUUCAAAUAUAGAUAUCCAACUCAACCAACAAUACGGAGAACAAAAAAGUGACUGUUAGUCGUUCGGUUUCAACAGCUUAUAAUAUAUAACGAACCGGGAGAUUUUCGCUUUUUUGCUUUGCUUAGCGUGAACUUCUUGCCGAAAUUUUUGUGCAGUUUAGGGCUUGUACAAGAUUCCUUGUUUCGACGCCAUUUUGACAUAAAGCGGAGAAAUAGCAUAGCUGCCCUGCGCAAGGAGAAUGAGAACUCUCCAGUUAAGCUUACUGCUGGCGCUCAGCCUGACCUUGGCUCAUUCGGAGGAUGAGGUUAUCAAAUGUCCAGAUGGCGAAUGCGUCAAACUCCACCUUUGCAAGGAUGGAAUAUUGAAUACAGAUGGCUCGAACAUAAUUGAUAUCCGAUUCAACCCAGACGAUCCAUGCGAACAUUAUCUACUGAAGUGUUGUAAAAUUCCCAACGAUGAGGAUGAGGAUAAUACCGGUAUCCAGGAGCCACCACCAUCUGGAACUUCCGAAGUGCAUGGAACCAUUCCACCCACACACGGAAAUUUGCAGAUUGAUUCAGGUCCUCAUGGAAACGCUGGUGCAGGAACCGGUGGUGGUGCAAACGUAGGUGGAGGAAAUAUUGGCGGAAGUAGCGGUCAUCCCGGAACGGAACAAAUUGGAUCUAAACCAACCGAAGAAGUAUCAGCUGGGGGAGGCGAUAUUCAUCCUCAGGGUCCGAUAGAUGGAGCCGUCGUUCCCGGUAAAUGCCCCUGUCUUGAUCAAAUGAAUAAUAGUGGAAGUCCUUUAGGAGUUGGUUCUACUACCGGUAAACCUUCACCUGGUGGUCAAGCACCUGGAACGAUGGGAUUUAAUCCAAAUGCCUCUAAAGAUGUAAGUGCUACUGGUUUAGGAACGGGAAAACCUCCUGGAACUACAACAGGUGGAAGCUCCGGCUCUGUAUCAGGGCCAUCAUCAGGUUCUGGUUCGCCCACUGGAGCUACUCAAGGAAAUCAACUCGGUGGUGUAGGUCAUGUUAGUCCGGGAGUAGGUCCUGGAAGUACCGGAGGCCCCAGUUCAGGAAAACCUCCUGGAACUACAACAGUUGGAAGCUCCGGCCUUGUUUCAGGGCCAUCAUCAGGUUCUGGUUCGCCCACUGGAGCUACUCAAGCAAAUCAACUCGGUGGUGUAGGUCAUGUUAGUCCGGGAGUAGGUCCUGGAAGUACCGGAGGCCCCAGUUCGGGAAAACCUCCUGGAACUACAACAGGUGGAAGCUCCGGCUCUGUAUCAGGGCCAUCAUCAGGUUCUGGUUCGCCCACUGGAGCUACUCCGGGAAAUCAACUCGGUGGUGUAGGUCAUGUUAGUCCGGAAGUAGGUCCUGGAAGUACCGCAGGCCCCAGUUCUGGAGAACCUUCUGGAACUACAACAGGUGGAAGCUCUGGCUCUGUAUCAGGACCAUCAUCAGGUUCUGGUUCACCCACUGGAGCUACUGAAGGAAAUCAACUCGGUGGUGUAGGUCAUGUUAGUCCGGGCGUAGGUCCUGGAAGUACCGGAGGCCCCAGUUCGGGAAAACCUCCUGGAACUACAACAGGGGGAAGCUCUGGCUCUGUAUCAGGACCAUCUUCAGGUUCUGGUUCUGACAGCUUUUUGAAGCCAGAAUCAAGUUCCCAGGUGAAACCGAGUGGUGGUGGGUUGCAAACGCCUGUAGUUCCUGGAACUUCUGGUACUGUAAAAGGCGACAGUGGAAGCCAUAAAGGCUCAGGCACUGUGUCUGAUAAGCCGAGUGUUCAUGGUACAAUUCCACCUACUGUCGGACAAAUCAAAAGCACAACACCGAAGAACUUGCUGGCAGGUGGGACGCACAUCCAGAGAAAUUCUAGUACAGGUUUUGAAAGUGGCUCUAAUGUUGUUACUCCAAGUCCAUUUGGUCCUUCGCACGAGUACAAAGGCUGUGGAGUACGUAAUGCUGAUGGUGUCGGAUUCAGAAUAAUGGGAAAUAACGAGAGUGAAUCCGAGUAUGGCGAAUUUCCCUGGAUGGUCGCUAUUUUGAAGGAAGAAAAAGCAUUGGAUCAGAUUAUCAACGUGUAUCAAUGCGGCGGUUCACUUAUUCACCCUCAAGUUGUGUUGACUGCAGCUCAUUGUGUUCAGAACAAGCAACCACGUGAGAUUAAGAUACGUUUAGGAGAGUGGGACACGCAAACAACUAAUGAAAUUUAUGAUCAUCAGGAUCGCAACGUCGAAAAAAUAAUUGUCCAUAAAGAAUUUAACAAAGGAGCACUUUUCAACGAUGUUGCAUUACUGUUCCUCGAUAAGCCCGCGGAAAUUAUCGACACUGUCAAUACUAUAUGUUUGCCUCCUCAAGACUAUAACUUCGAUUUUUCACGCUGUUUCGCUUCUGGCUGGGGAAAGGACGUUUUUGGAAAGGAUGGUAAAUAUCAGGUAAUUUUGAAAAAAAUAGAGCUGCCUGUAAUGCCAUUCGCCAAAUGCCAGGAGGCACUUAGAACCACUCGAUUAGGCAAACGCUUUAAACUGAGCACGAGUUUCAUUUGCGCUGGUGGAGAGCCUGGAAGAGAUACCUGUAAAGGCGAUGGUGGAUCUCCGUUAGUUUGUCCAAUCCCUAACACCGUCAAUCGCUAUUAUCAAGCCGGAAUAGUAGCUUGGGGAAUUGGAUGCGGCGAAACAGGCAUCCCAGGAGUAUAUGCGAAUGUCGCAGGGUUCAGAAAAUGGAUUGACGAUCACUUGACGCAACACAGCAUUCCACAUGACCGUUAUAUUUACGUGUAACAGUAACAGAUUGGUUAAUAUAUGAACAAAUUGAAAACCCUU